CUUUGCUUGCUGUUGAGCUGAAUCUCGUGGGCGGGACCUACGCCGAAAGAUGUAAGACACGUCUCUAUUGGCCAGUCUCGAUCGGAGUGACAGCUUGGCAACACCCACAGUUAGUAACGAGAGAGGGAGUUUUGAAGUCCAUGAUGAGAACGAGUGGGACUCGGGAGCCGAGAGGAUAGAAAAUCAAUGCGCAGAAUGGAAAACCAACCGGGCAGAUCACAGGCCCAGGAACCCAUGCGAUGGCAGCUCCUGCAGAGAGUCAGGGAUAGACUUACUUCUGUCAUCAACAGGCAACCCAUUGACUUUGAAUACCUGUACUUUGUUUGCUCUCAGGAGUUGCAGUUUGUUCGAGCUGGGGCAGCCUAUAUUGACCUUCCUGAGUGUGUUGUAGGCAGUCUACAACAGCUGUCCGAAGUUGUCAGCACUUAUCUCUCACAGAGUAUUGUCCCUCCACUAUUGGAUGAUGUAGCUGUGGUUGAAUGGACUGGGAGUGUGGGGCGACCCCGGCUAAACAUAGAAAGUCAAACCCUCCUGAAUCUACUCAGUACUGGGUUACCACUGACUUCUUUGACUGACCUCCAUGGCAUUUCAAGGUCAACUCUGUAUAGACGGAUGCAAGAGCAUAACCUCUCUGUCAGAAAAUGCUAUUCUGACAUAUCAGAUGAUGUGCUAGAUCAGAAGGUUAGGUCUAUAAAGGCAAGAAUGCCCCAUGCUGGCUACAGGCUAGUGAAAGGAUCUCUACAAGCAAUGGGGCAUCGGAUUUCGUGGAGAAGAGUAAAGAUGUCAUUGCAGCGUGUGGAUGGUGCAGGAAUAAUUGCCAGGAUGGUCCAGCUGUCUUGCAUUGCAAGACGGACAUACUCUGUUCCCGCUCCCUUGUCUCUUGUCCACAUCGACACAAACCACAAGUUAAUAAGGUACAACAUUGUGAUUUUUGGAGCAAUUGAUGGCUUUUCAAGGAAGAUCUUUUACCUGGACACAGCUGGGAAUAACAGAGCAGAGACGGCUUUUGGAUUCUUCAUGGAUGGAGUUCGGAAAAAUGGAUGGCCAUCAAGAGUACGAGCCGAUCAAGGGGUUGAAAAUGUAGACAUCGCUAGAUGCAUGUUUACUGUGCGAGGAACAGCCCGUGGCAGCUUUAUUGCUGGAAAAAGCGUCCAUAACCAGAGAGUGGAACGCCUAUGGAGAGAUGUUUGGAGUGUAACGUGUCAGUACUACGACGUGCUCCACAGUUUGGAGGAAGAGGGCUUCAUUGACCUGUCCAUUGCUGUCCACCUCUUCUGUGUGGGCUAUGUCUUCAUACCACGACUACGAUCAGAUUUGCAGCAUUUUACGGAGAGCUGGAAUUGUCACCCCUUAAGCACAGAGGGAAAUCUGACACCGAAUCAGCUAUGGAUGAUCGGGAUGCUGCAAGCACCUGUGCCAGAGCCAGACCUGGUAGAGAUCCAGCAAGCUGAGGAGCAACCCUCUCAGGAACAGCAAAGUGACAACACUGAGCAUGGAGUUAUUGUACCAGACAUCCAAUGUCCCCUGUCAGCUGAAAGACUUGCUGCACUACAGCACCUAGUGAACCCCACCACCGAGUCCUCAUCCUUUGGUCGGGACAUCUACUUGCAGGCUCUUGGAACAGCUUUCGGACUCUAACAUUCUGACAUGCACACAUGCAUCUUUUCAACCUGCCAUAAUUACCUCAGAU